ACUACCAUCACUCACGUCAAAACAACUAAACGCCCCUUCCUGCUCUCACAUCCUCGACUUCAACCUUCCUAAAACCAACAUUUGUAUCCGCUAAAGCUUAAGUUUCCCUUCUAGACUAAAGAAAUAGAGAAUAACCAUUUCCAUCUUUCAUGCCUAAAGGAUAUUAAAUAGAUUCAUGGUAGCCUAAAAGCGUUAUAUAUAUGAAGGGGUGAAGGGGAACGCGAUGGUCAGUCAGUCUCAGGCAAGCGAACGUUGUGGGUCACGUCUUAUAACCUCUCUCCUCUAUUUACAUCUCCCUACGUUAAUUAACUACUACACCAGCUGUCUGUAGGUUCAACACACAUUGCCUGGCACCUCCAUCAUUCUUGGGAGAUUAAGGUUGGGAACACUCUUUCUCCCUCUCCCACAAUAUGGUACUGAAGAAGGCGUGUGAGGUGUGUGGGGGUGAGGCAACAGUGUCCUGCAGUGUCUGCUACGGGAGUCACUACUGCAGUAGCGAACACCUCCGCCACCACUGGGAGGAUCACAGACGCUGCUGUCACCCCGUCAUCGAGCAGACCGACCCAGCGGCUGGCAGGUUCCUGGCGACCUCGCGGGAUGUGCAGGCUGGUGAGCUGCUGCUGAAAGAAUCGCCCAUAGCUGUGGGUCCCCGCGCCACCUCCCCCCUCGUCUGCCUCGGGUGUCAUGAACUGAUCCCCGGCACAGAGUUUCCCCGCUGUCCCUCGUGCUGGUGGCCGUUAUGUUCCUCCGACUGCGUCACCAGCAGCCUCCACCAGGCAGAGUGCCCCAUACUGGCCGUCGACACCAAGAGGGUGGGCCAGCCAAUAGCCGCCGGCAGCACACCCCGGUAUGAUAUUAUUCUUGUGCUCCGUUGUCUCCUCCUACGGCGCAAAGACCCCCCAGCGUGGGGCCGCCUCCUGGACAUGGCCAGCCACGCUCAGCGACGCCUGCAGAACAAGGACCAGCACCACAUGGCUACAGUUCGAUACAUCAAAGAAAUACUCAAAGUAGAUUACAGUGUGGAGGAGAUCAAUCAUGCCCGCGGCGCCAUCAUCACUAACUGCUUUGAGUGGCGGAGUUCUUCAGGAGUGAGCCUCCGUGGCGUCUAUCCACAGCUGGCCCGCAUGAACCACUCCUGCCGCCCCACCGUCACCAUGAAUUGUGACUGUGAGGGAACAAUGUCUGUGCUGGCAGCAGCAGAUAUGCAGCGUGGCGACCAGCUCUUUAACACCUACACGGGCACGACGCAGCCUCUGUGGGAGAGACGAGCCUACACCAGUGAGGUCCACUUCUUCACCUGUGACUGUGUUCGCUGCAGCGAUCCCACAGAGCUUGGUCUUCACUACUCCUCCCCCAGGUGCGAGAAGUGUAUGCAGCAGUACCUGGAGGCGACGACGUGGCUGGGGGAGAUGAAGUGGGAGUGUCCCGUGUGUGGGGAGAGAAAGCCGGAACUUGACAUUCGUCAGGAGGUGGAACAGUGGCUCGGCCGCUUUGAGAGUGAUGACACCUUCCUCCAUGCCACCCCAUACGCUGUCAAGAGUAUCCUAGACAAAGUGGAAGAAGCUUUCCACUCUCAGCACCACGUGUGGGUCCUGGCGGCGCAUGUGGCCAUCAGGACGCUGCAGAAGAAUACCUCCAGGGCGGGCCUCAUCCUCAAACGGAACCUAUGGAGGAAACUCUUGCACAUUUACGACACGCUGGAGCCAGGACUAACCAAACGACGAGGGGUGACGCUGUACCAGCUGGGCGUCGCCGAAGCAGAAGUGGCCAGGGCUGAGAACCAAGAUGAGGUCCUUACGGAAUACUUCUUCAAACUACAGCUGCAACAGGCACUAAACCACCUACAGGAGGCGAUAUGUAUACUCAGAUUAGAGCCUCCGAGGUCCACCGAGAUCAAAUGGUACCUUAUGGCAAUGGAGGCAGUCGCAAAAGUGAUCCAUGACCUUGGGAUGGUCCCACCGCCUACUUCAGUCCUCCCUGUGAUCGAGCCGAAGGAUAACCAGAUACAGAUGAGGGAAUUACAGUUAUCAUAACUCGCUCCCGAAGUUGCACCUCGAGGACGGACACGAUCCCUCACAAGUUGAAUCAGGGUGUUGAUGGCGUACGAGUAGCGCCGAGCAAUUUAUGGUUUAGUAUUCCUCAAUUGUUUAUUUUUUCCAAUACUAAUACAGAAUAGUUUAUGACGUAGCGUUAUUAAGAAAGAGAAAAAUUUAGCUCUUCUACAAGUGUUUGAUAUAAUUUCACAAUCUACUGAAGUUAUCCCCUCAUUAACCAAGUUUACGUUUUCUUUGAUACACAUUUAUGAGUCAUAUUAGUUUUCUAUGGUGUCUUACGACAACCUCAAGAGUAGUUUACAGUUAUUUCCUCAGGUGAACUAUACUCCACCUGUAAGCCUGAAGACAACAUUAAAGUUUCGUUACUUCUAUUCCUCUUCAAAACCUGAAUCAUACAACCUGAAUCAAUGAAGACACCUGUUGAGUUAGUUACCUUAUGACAUUCAUUAAAAACCUGUUCAGAA